UUGCAUUGGAGAACAAUGGAAGAUGAAACAAGGGUCGAACCUUUAUUUGAGUUUGAAGCUCCAAAAUAUGUUGACCUAAGAUAUGCAGCAUCGGAAGAAGGUUUCAAUGACGGCGCGGAUGAGUGGUUUGAUCAAAUGAAGAGAAACUCUUCCUCAACUGAUACUAACUACAAUUUCUCUUCGCAUGAUUCAGAAAGUGGAAAACGCCACAAAACAGCAAAAGGGACGGAACUGAGUGCGAGUAAACGGUUUCCGAAAGGCAAGUUUAGAAUAGACUGCAAUAUGGUGACAGCUCGAACAAAGCAGUCACAACUCAAAAAUGAUGGAAUUUCUCAUGAUGAGCCGAAGAAGCUUAACAUAGCUAGUCCAAGAACACAAGGAGAUGACAGAGAACAGAUAUUAACAGAGACAACGAACCAGAUAAAUUUACUUUCUCUAAAAGGACAGAAUCAUUUAAAGAUUCAACCAAAUGUAUCGAAAGGAAUGCAAAGGAACUCACAUAAACUCUAUAGCUCAACGAGGGCCGAAAAGUUAUUGGUUCCGUGUGAAAAUGAGCCGAAAACCCUAGGAGACUCCAUAUCUAAGGUUCAUGCGUUCAAAAUAACUUCAAAUAAGAAAAACAAAGAUAUCGUGAAAAAUAUGCUUGCGAAAAGAGUCCCGAUCGGAAAUUCGAACGAGGAAGUUGACGGAGAACUGGAAGCGCGCAAUAUGAGCAGAACUGAAGUGUUUUCUUCCAAAGCCAGAGAUAGUUUACCGCAUAAGAAGGCGACACACAGAAACAAAAAAGCUACAGAACGACAGAAGACUGGCACAAACAAAAGGAUUUCAAACUGUCAUACAACACAACCUCAGACACCUAACUUCCUCACUGAUGAACGAGCACUUCGUUUUCGCGAAAGAGUUGAGAAACUCCGAGAACAAUCUAAAACUGUCAUGGAGCCAAGAACUCCAAAAGAAUAUGGACUGGCAUGGAAACCUAAACCGACUCAAGCCAAGACACCUUGUUUUCGAUCCGACGCACGACUUCGUCAUUGUGUAGAAAAAGCAUUAGAAGAACGCGAGAAACAAAGUCAUGCCAAUCGCCAUAAAGAAUUUCCUAGCGUGGUAGCCUUUGGACAACAUACUGCAAGAAGGGCAGAAAUGUACAAACAGAAAAGCAUCAAUAGUCAUGAAGAGAUGGAGUUGAGGAGAAUUGAAGAAGAAAGAAGGAAGUUGCGUGAGACAAUAAUGAAAAGUCGAGAAAACUUCCAACGUGCCCUAGACGCACCAAAUCUUGCAGCGAAUAGUGUUAAAACAAGAAAAUCAACUGUACCAAAAGAAUUUCAGUUCCACACGCUGCGAAGACCCAACAGAGCCUUAUAGUUCUCCUCUAUAGGGUGUCGGAGGUUCCUCGUCACCGAUACCAUACCACUUGCUGAACAUAUCGCUUGUCUGCUCAAAAGUUUAAGAAACACCAGAGUACUCAACACCUCACUGAUAAACUCUUGUUAAAGUGC